AUGGACAGGGCGGACGGGCAGAGGGCCUCAGCCUCAGGCAGGCCGAGCAGGAACCGCCUGUACCUUCUCCCGCAGGAGCUCAUCGACAUGAAUCAGCACCACCUGAACGCCCUUGGCGUGGGCCACGCCUCCCUGGACCAGCUCUGCCGGGUGACCAUGGCGCGUGGACUGCACAGCAAGCUCACUGGUGCAGGCGGCGGCGGCUGCGGCAUCACACUUCUCAAGCCAGGUCUGGAGCGACCCGAGGUGGAGGCCACGAAGCAGGCGCUGACUGGCUGUGGGUUUGACUGCUGGGAAACCAGCGUGGGUGCCCCUGGAGUCUCCGUCCACUCAGCCGCCUCCCUGGACGGCCCCGUCCGGCAAGCCCUAGGUGGCCUCUGAGAUGAGCCCAGGACACUGCCGCCCCUCCAGGAAACCCUUUCUGGAUUAUUCUGGGGGCUGGAUUUGGCCUCCGUGCUGGCCAGCGGGUGCCCAGCUCCUCUGUGAUGCCUUUGCUACGGCACGCGGCCCCCAGUCCCCGCGGUGGGACUCGAGUCUGCCCCGGGCUGGGCUGCCAGGGAGACGCGGUCUGCGUUCUCUCGCGCCAGCCAGGCGACGGGGCCCGGUGGGGUCCUCUGAGACGUCAGACCUGAGACACGAGGAGCUUCCCCACCUUCCCUGCGGCUCCCACAGACCCUUCUACUCUGGGCCCUUGCACCCUCACCCGCAGACUCCCUGGCCGGCUUGGUCGCAUGCCUGGAUGCCGGGGUCUGUCCUGAAGCAGCGUACCUUCUCUCUCCUUCUGCCUCGACACUUCCCUGUCUCCCAGGGCCCGGGCUGCCCCCACCUCCUCCAGGAAGCCCUCCCUGACCCCUGGCAGGCUGAACCUUGCCGCACCUCCCUCCCAUGGCGCCCGCCGUCUGGUCUGAAUCAUUCGGCACUUUCCACACCUGCACUUCUGUCCGGCUAGACGGGCCCCCCAGGGGCUAUCCGGGUGGGGGUCUUUGCCCUCUGCCCUCCAGCCCGAGGGGCGGCUGAACGAAGGCAGAACCAAUGUGCAGUUCCUUCCAGUCUGCACCUGAGGGCUUUGCAGAAAAGACAGCACAGGGGGAAUAAAACGACCUUGAGUAAACAGUGCUCUACUCCGUGUGCAGAAAGACGGGGCCGGGUAGACUCCAGCCCAUCGUGUGCCUUCCCCUGUCCCCGUCCCCUCUCCCGCCGCUUUCUCGGUGGACCUCUUCAGCGGUUGAAGGAAUUAGGGGCUUUGGGUCACUGCGUGUGUCUUAGUGAUGGGGUGGUUUUCCCAGAUGGCCCUUGCUGUACAAGGGACCAGGACACUUCUGCCAG